GACACUCUGUUAAUAUAGUGACAUAAUGAUUUACAAAGAGACAACACUUCUAGAUUUCUUCUUGAUUUCUUGUUGAUAUGGCAAAUCUGCUGCUUCCACACAGAAAUUCAGCUGAAAUAUUCCAAUCAGUUUACAAGUGAAGACGAGCAUCAAAGCUUCAGGAAGAAAUCUGUGAAGACUGAGUUUAUUAAAGAGGACCGAGAGGAGAUGAGAGAUCCAGAACCCUGCAGAAUCAAACACACUGAAGACACUGAAGAACUAACAGAUCCACGUGACAUAAAGAUGUCGUUUAUUAAAGAGGAGAGUGAAGACAUUAGGAUUGCAGAAGUGUUCAGCAUCAAACAUGAAGAUACUGAGGAACAAACAGAAAUUCAGCUGAAAUAUUCCAAUCAGUUUACAAGUGAAGACGAGCAUCAAAGCUUCAGGAAGAAAUCUGUGAAGACUGAGUUUAUUAAAGAGGACCGAGAGGAGAUGGGAGAUCCAGAACCCUGCAGAAUCAAACACUCUAUAGAUACUGAAGAACAAACAGAGUUGAUUGAAGAAAAUGAGGACAAUGAAGAGUUGAGUGAAGUUGAGCACUUCAAAGUUCAGAGAAAAAAUCACUUCAAAACCUUUGGAGAAAAACCUUUGAAGUGCUGUCAAAGCAAACAGCUCAUAUUAAGGAAAACAAGAGCCAAUAAAUCUUUCACCUGCACUCAGUGUGGAAAGAGAUUGACAUCCAAAUUUAAUCUUGAUGUUCACAUGAGACUUCAUACCGGAGAGAAACCAUACAAGUGUUCACACUGUGACAAGAGAUUCAAGCGAUCAGAUCACCUGAAAAGACACGAGAUAAAUCACUCUGAAAAGAAACCAUACAAGUGUUCACACUGUGACAAGAGAUUCAGUCGGUCAGAUCGCCUGAAAAAACACGAUAUAAUUCACUCUGGAGAGAAGCUAUACAAGUGUUCACACUGUGACAAGAGAUUCAGUCAGUCAGAUCACCUAAAAAAACACGAGAUAAAACAUUCUGGAGAGAAACCAUUCAUUUGUGUUCAGUGUGGGAAGAGUUUCUCACAAUCAGCAAAACUUAUGCAUCAUAUGAACAUCCACACUGGAGAGAAACCAUUCACGUGUGUUCAGUGCGGGAAGAGUUUCUCAAAAUCAUCAAAACUUAAGCAUCAUAUGAACAUCCACACUGGAGAGAAACCUUACACAUGUGAUCAAUGCGGGAAGAGUUUCUCACAAUUAUCAAAACUUAAGGAGCACAUGAACAUCCACACUAGAGAGAAGCUAUACUCAUGUGGUCAGUGCGGAAAAACAUUUUUGUGGGCUACAAACCUGACUACACACCUAAAAGUUCAUACAAAGGAGAAACCACAUUCAUGUUAUUUGUGUGGAAAGAGUUUUUCAUUACUACAAAGUUUAAAAUUACAUCAGAAAAUACAUACUGGUGUGAGAGAGUAUGUGUGCUUUGGGUGUGAGAAGACUUAUACUUCAGCGAAGUGUUUAAAAAAGCACCAGAGGAUUCACACUGGAGAGAAACCUUACAAGUGUUCACACUGUGACAAGAGAUUCAAUGUGUCAUCAAGUCUGAAAUCACAUGAGAGGAUUCACACUGGAGAGAAACCUUACAAGUGUUCACACUGUGACAAGACAUUCAGUAUGUCAUCAAGUCUGAAAACACAUGAGAGGAUUCACACUGGAGAGAAACCUUACAAGUGUUCACACUGUGGCAAGACAUUCAGUCAGUCAGCAAAUCUGAAAAAACACGAGAGGAUCCACACUGGAGAGAAACCUUUUAAGUGUUCACACUGUGACAUGAGAUUCAGUGUGUCAUCAAGUCUGAAAACACAUGAGAGGAUUCACACUGGAGAGAAACCUUACAAGUGUUUACACUGUGACAAGAGAUUCAAUCAUUCAGUGAGUCUGAAAAAACAUGAGAGCAUCCACACUGGAUAGAAACCGUAUCACUGCACUGCAUGUGGGAAGUGUUUCAAUCAAUCUUCUGCUCUACACAGUCAUACAAAAAACAAUCACAGUUAGUAGAUCAUCUUCAGAUCCAGCACUCUCAGAUCUGAUGCUGCAUCCUCACCAAAUGUGACACAAUAACGCAUCAAGCAGUAAAAUAUCAUCUGUAUAAAUCUGUUCUAACCAGACAUUACAAGUGACUUGACGAAGAAACAUUAUCUAAAGUUUUCACAGUGAGUAAUAGUUUAUCUUCAUCUUCAAAACCAGUAGAUUACAAGUGACACACAUGCAUUAUAAGACAAUUGAAAAAUAUAAAAUUUAUUGGAAAGCACACUGAUAUCAUUUAUAUCACAAAAUAAAAUGGCAUACAAGAAUAAAACUUUUUGACAUUGUUCUUUGAUGAGGAACUCCAUCUUUAAGUUGAUCUUAAUCUCCCAGUUGAGUUUGCUUUCUCUUUUAUUAAGGAAAGUAGAAGUUUUUACAAACCGUUCUUGUUCGAGGAGCUGAAGAAGAGACUGUAACACUUAAGAAAGACUGAGAUUUUAAUUUUAUUCUUUACUUUUGUUUUCAUAAAAUAACUGACAUAAUUUAAAUGUAACCUUUGAACGAUUGUGUAAAUUACAUUAAUUUCAUGAUGCACACAAUUGAACCCCCCUCCCCCCACCACCACCAAAAUUGUUAGUCAUGGAAUCCCUGAUGUCAGCCCAGGCCCGGUUCUAAACGGUGCUAAAUAUCCUCAAACGAAAGCACAAAGAUCUGGCAAACUAUCCAAUCUGUUUUUGUGGCUUGAGCAAUGUAGCUCGUUGUGCUAGUCGUUGUGCUCAUAAGUUUACAUACCCCUUGCAGAAUAUGCAAAUAUGUUAAUAAUAUUAAAGGGGUCAUAUGAUGCGAUUUCAAUUUUUCCUUUCUCAUUGGAGUGUUACAAGC